AUGGAGCCCAUCGCUGUGGAUCCAGACUUGUACGCUCCUGAGAGCGCUUAUAGCCCCGAUGACUGGCACUCGGAGACAACCUCGAUUAAAUCAUCAAUAUAUCGUGGUUUGAUGGACAACGGCAGGCGUAUCCCGUCUGAUGAGCAACAAUUUGAGACCUAUGAGGCAGGACAUCUCGUGGAUCUCAUCAUGGAUUCGGAUCAACCAAAUCCACUGUUUCGAUCACCCAUCGGGGCCGACCGAGAAUGCCCGCUACAGGUUCUCGAUAUUGGAACCGGAAAGGGCACUUGGGCCAUCGAUGUCGCUGAUAUGUUCCCGAAUGCGACUGUUCGAGGAGUUGACCUUUUCCCUCCUCCGGUCACCUGGAUGCCACCCAAUUGUGUCAUCGAGGUCGAUGAUGUGCUACAAGAAUGGACAUGGCGCGAACAAUUUGAUCUAAUUCACAUGCGCAAUAUGAUCGGAUCAUUUGACUCUCUCGAGUGGGAUCGUGUUUACCAGCACUGCUUUGACAAAAUGGCCCCUGGUGGCUGGAUCGAGCAGAUCGAGGUCGGCCCUUUUAUCACAAGUGAUGAUGGGAGUCUCCCAGCUGACAGUGCUUUGUCCUCGUGGGGCCCACUUAUACAAACGUGCGGUGAGAGCGCUGGUCGCUCUUGCGAUAUCGUCCUCACCAUGUCGGAGAGCAUCAAGAGCGCAGGAUUUGUGGACGUCCACGAAAAGGUUUACAAGUGGCCAAUCGGACCAUGGCCCAGAGACCAAAAAUUCAAGGAAGCAGGCAUGGUCAAUUCCCAGCACUGGAUGUCUGGUAUGGAGGGGUGGUGCAUGUGGCUGCUAACGAAAUUUGGAGACCCCGAGCCAUGGACUAAGGAACAAGUCCAUGUAUACUGUGCCAAGUUACGCAGUGAACUCAAGAAUCCUUAUUUCCAUGCGUAUCACAAAGCGUAA